AUGCCAGUGCAUAGAUUGAAUUGCAUGAUCUACAUUUCUGGGACAAAAGCUCCGAAAAUUUUCACUGCGUUCAAUUUCACCCGGGAAGACAUUUUGUCUGCGUGGCAUGAAGCUGAAACGGGGCAGCGAACCCGACGCGCGCUGGAGUGUGAUGAUGAUGACGACGACGACCAGCAUUUUUCGCCUUUCCUUCUCGUUCAUGGAACCGAGAAAUCGUCGAUUGUCACGCACCGACAGCAGCGACAAAAUAAUUACCACCGGAAUAAUUACGACCAACUUGGUCGGGUGACUCGGUCGUGUCGUCCACCCGACUCAACCGCCGAUCGUCGACUGAGCAACGAUCCAGUUCAGCGCUCUGCUGUGAUGGCGAGUCGCGCGGACGACUGUUGCGGCGUGUGCCCACCGUGUAGCUGCUGCAAGCCCGUGACCUGCUGCUGCCCCCCGUGUUGCCCGGUGCCGAAUUGCUGCCCAUGCCCGACCCCCCGGCCCUGCGCCCUCUAUCCCCCGUGUGACCCGAAACCACCGGAAUGCCCUGGCACCUGCCCGACACCCGUGGCGUGUCCCUGUAAGGGUUGCGUGUACCCGGAUCCGCCUCCGCCUUGCCCGACACCCACACCGCCCGUGUGCCCGAUCCCGCCUUGCGGAUGCAUUCCUUAUAUCAAACCUAGGCCGUGUUGCUGCAUGCCGCCGUGUUGUAUUCCUGAGCCGUGUGCGCCGCCUCUGCCACCGGCGAUCUGCGUGCCGACCAAGAGUUGCGACGAUGCUCACGACGAGGGUUGCCGACGACAUGAUGACGACUUCGCCUGCUUGAAUGCUGAUCAGGCUGGCUUAGACGCCUUGGAAUUUGACGUGCCUACUGUUGGUAAGACGAGUCACGCUAAUAAAGCGGAAGUCUGUCGUCAAAGCGUACAAGCUGCUAUUCCGACCUGCAAAUCUCCGCCUCCGUGCAAAAUCCCGUCAUGCUGCAUGCAGCCGACAUGUUGCGAUGCUGACUUCGACUUCAAUUUCGCUCCCGCUGACUUUUCUGCCGAGAAAAAAUGAAUAAGAGAAUCAAUAUUCGCGUUUUUAUACGUACGACGGAUGUGAGGGUGUUGGAGCGACAUCUUUCUUCUCUCGCGCGCAACGAUGAAUCGAUUGACGGACUUCCACCGAUCAUUCAACGUCAUCUGUAUAGGUCCUACGAUGCAUUCAACUGGAAGGAAUCAUCCGCAUCGUCACGUAUUAGGCUUUCGAAGUUAUCGAGAAAAAAGUAUAGUGUGUGUCUUAAUCAAUUUUAUCCUUAAUUGUCAGCAAAUUAUACCGUCUUUCAUGCGUUUUA